GUUUUUUCUGCGAACACGGAAGUAGGUAGGAGUGAAGUCUCUCGCUCUGGCUGGUUGUUUCAUCACUCUCUCUGCCUGUCUCUACUAAACUCUGCUGGGCAUCGUUGCGCGUCAAAACAUUGCGUCUCUGCAGGACUUGCCAGGGCUAGAGAGAAGAGGAAAUUUGCCUGGGAAGGAAUGCGAAAGGGGGUUUAGGAUUGGCACUGCCACGAGGAAAACAAGGAGGUGCGACGUUUUCCAGGCUACGUGGAGAUCCGUUUUUCUCCCCCUCAAAGGUGUUCGCCUCCCGACCCACCGCCCACCACGGCCCUCACCUGUGUGCUGCGGUGCUUCCCCUGUGAGCCGACCUGGGCUGGCAGUCCCUUCUUGCACCGCACGCCAACCCCGCCCAUGGUCAGAAUGACACGCUCCAAGACCUUCCAGGCGUACCUGCCGAGCUGCCACCGAACGUACAGCUGUAUCCACUGCCGAGCUCACCUCGCCAACCAUGAUGAGCUCAUCUCCAAGUCAUUCCAGGGCAGCCAGGGCAGAGCCUACCUGUUCAACUCAGUGGUGAAUGUCGGGUGUGGCCCUGCAGAGGAGAGAGUCCUGCUCACAGGCCUGCAUGCUGUAGCAGAUAUCUACUGUGAGAACUGCAAAACAACCCUGGGCUGGAAAUAUGAACAUGCCUUUGAGAGCAGUCAGAAAUAUAAAGAGGGCAAGUUCAUCAUUGAACUGGCCCACAUGAUCAAGGACAACGGUUGGGACUGAGGGAUGAGCAGCCAGGACAGGACUGCAGUGGUGAAGGGAGGGGUGGGACAGGGUGACUGGAUGGAUGGAUAAAUGGAUGGGAGGGAGGAAGGGUAGGGCUGUAUGUGGUGGGUGAGUGUGUGACUUUGGUUUGGCUGAUUUACCAUUAACCACUGUAACUCUUUGCCCAUCCAUCCCUACCAUGUCUCUUCUUGAUGUAUACACAAACACACACACAUCAAGGAUCCAGACAUCCCAGUUUGACUGACAGACAGACUAGGCAAGCUAGCAGGACUAGGUGACUGGCCAGCAACAGUAGACAAGACAAGAUGUAUUGUGUUCACUUUUUUCUGAAACAUUAUUAAAAAGGUGACAAGGCUCUCUCUAUACCUGCUAGGACACAUCUUAAUUGUGUGAGCUAUUGUACUUUGUCUAAUAAUAAUGUUGUUAACAGGUCAUUCAGAGGAAAUUUAGCACGAAGGAGGCCAGUUGGCCCAGCCUGGUGACGUUCAUUGGCCUUGGCUGAAGAGCUGAUGGGCAUGCACUGUCCUCAGCAUUAAUGAGAUGACCUAAGAUGUUUACAGCAGAUCUAGCUGAUCAGGGUCAUGCUAGCUGGGCACUGAGACUUGGCACUAAGGCCUGAGCACAUGGCCACUGGGUUUGGUGGGGGUGAAGGGAUUGCUGCCCACUGGGCUGCUUACUGAACACGGCAGGGAGGUGAAGCUCCUGAUCCAGUUAUCCAGUGGCUUUGAUGACUUCUGGCUGGGAUCCACUCCACAUCUUGCCAGUGAUGCAGCUCAGGAUGGGCAGGGUGGGCUGACAGUGAAACAGAUACAGACAGACGGCCACUGGCUUGUCCUAAAAUCUCGCAGGAAUUUGCGCAGCAGCAAAAGCAGCUCCCCAGGGUUUUAUUCAUCCUUCAGUACAGAGUCAUGUAAAGUGAUCUGCUGAUUCUCCCUGUGUAUGACAUAUAUCCGUGGACGCAUCGAUACAUCCAUCUUUGUUACCUUCCCAGACAGAAUUACACAACAUAAGUGUGUCUCAAGUGAGCAGUGAUGGCUGGGAUUCCCAAAGGUCUGUGAGCACUGUGAGCAUCUGUCUCUGCUAUCAUGCAAAUAACAGGCCUUCACAUUGUUUGAUUUGAAGAAACAAAAGGCCAAUGCAUGAUUGGUUUCAUGAGCCAAGGGUAAAUGCAAAUAAAAGGUAAGGUAGUUAUUACUUUUACCAAAGUUACAAAGUACAGUUAUAUGCAUGUCCACAGAAGUGUGUACUGUAGAUGCAUACUGUAUGUAUUCGAGGUAAUAUUGAUCACUCUUGGGCUCUCUUUCAGUUUGGGACAACUGCUGUUGUUAAGCUGAUCUUCACUUAAAAAAAACAACAAAAACCUACUGGGCAAUAUUAUGAAGCUAAGUACUAGAUAGACCUACUUAUUCUCGUGCUCCUUAAUGAACCAGUUUAUCUUCUUUCGCCCCAGUUUUAGAUCAUUUUUCUUAUUUUACCCAGCUCAGUUAGCUUACUAAACACUCCUUAUGCAUCACAGGCUUUUGAGGUAUGACACCUGGGGAGUAUUUGAGGUAACUUUAACCUUGACCUUGAUGCUAACUUUUCUUUGCUAAGGCCAGGAUCCUACUUCAUGUGCUGGUGCAUGUGCUCUAAUGGAAAUGUACUAUUUUCAAAUGAGAUAAUCCAUCAUAGCUACAUCCAUCCUGUGGAAAUGCAGAGUUAAUGCAUGUACGAUCCAAAACUAAAGUUUUCUGGUCACUUUUUGUACUUGGUCCUUGUCACGUUUCUAUGAAAAGAACAUUUUGUGUGUAUUAGAGUUGCAAUGAAACUUUGUGCUGUAAUACAACACCUAAUCAGUUUCAUCUCAUUCUAUAUGAGCUGCGAGAUCCUACUGCAGUGGCACAAAGCAUUGCAGAUCAGAUGUGAUCCUGGUUUAGAAAAGUAAAAUUAAUUGCUCUGUUUUUUCACACAUAGUUUCCUGUUCUUGCAACCAUUGCUCUAGAAGUUGCCCUGUAUAUAGCAAUCCCUGAUAGUUACAGCUCUCUUCAGUGAUGCUCAGCAGACUGCUCAAUUGGAGCCUGUGACAUUAAACCUAGCACAACCAAAGAACCCACCCAUCAACAAUAAAUUGACCAAACAAUAAAUUUCAUUUGGCUUGGGCAAAGUGUUGCAAAACAAGGGUGUGUGUGUAUAGCUGAGCGCCAAGUUUAUGGAUAACCUUUUUUCUGUGAUAUAUAAUGCAUUAUGAUUUUGUAAACAAAAGAUCUUAAUAUAUAAAUAUAUUCUAUUUACUGUAUUCACCACGAGGAUUACCAUUCAUGUCAGCCUCUGUGUUACAGAUGUAAAUAGUGUUAAUGUUACUGUGUUUUAUCUAUGGUCCAUAUGAUGAUGAAUGAAUAUGAUUUAGGUCAUGUCAUGCUUUCUCUCUGGUACUCCACAUUGGCUGUAUGAUACUACUUUUUUACUGAAAAUGUUUCAAUUUUAAUGUCUUUUGUAAAGAAGGAUGCUGAUGUUGACUAUAUAUCAUUGGAUCUUCAUCUAAUAAAAUGCACCUUGAUAUCUGUAUUGA